UAUUUUUUUUUCAUAUUUCCUUCCAAUUGAGUCAUGUUAAAUUCAUUAAGAAUUUAGAAAUAAUCUGGCUGAAUCAAAUUUAAACUUAAAUGCUGAUCAAACUCCACACGUUUUAUCAAACUUAAUUGAUUCACUGCUGUGUCUACCAUUUUUUAAUUUAAAUUCACAGCAUAAAUUAUGUAAAAUAUAUAGAUAAAAAACGCACGUACUCUUUCCUCUUUGUUUUUUCUUGAAAAGCUGUAAAACGAAAUUUUCAACCAUGGUAAAGUGUCUGGUGAUUGCAGUAUUUUGGCAGCAAUUUUAUGCAGUGUUGUCCAAGCGAUAUCCUUGUUGGCCGUCAGAGUUUAAAUGGAGUCACGCUGGCAUUUUACAGAACGGGUACACUUGCACACACAUAUUAGAAUCUGCAGAACCAUAUGAAAAUUCUUGGUAUAACAACUAUCUUUGCGUUAAAUCUGGACCGGAAUUGAUCGAUCCUGGAUUGAAGUUUUCUACAACUGGCCCGUUACCUGGCAUGAGAUGCACAAAGAUUGAAGAGCCAUCUGAUCGAUAUUUUUGGACAAACAAUUAUAUCUGCGUGCCAACGAGCGCGCCAUAUUCAUUUACUUGGUCGUAUAACGGAUGCACGAAAGGGAAGUACUGUGUAAAGUGGUUUGAACCGUCGACACCAUCCUCGUUCACAUGGAAUGAUAACUAUUUAUGUCAAGCAGAAACUACCGGAUCUUGUGAGAGUGUAACCACAGAUGCGGCAGUCACGUGCGCUGGAUGUUACGGGAAUGCAAUGCAUUGGUUAAUUUAUGCUAUUGUUUUCUUCAUUUGCAAAGUUUUUAUGUAAAUUAUGCUAAUUAUAUCAAGCAAUGGGUGUGUUACAGCAGAAGAUAAAAAUAUUAUAUAUGCUUUUCAACUUUCACAGGAAAACAGAAUUGGAGUAAUUUUGUCUUUAGAAUUUGAAAAUAACGGAAAUGUAUAUUUUAUGCUUUAUAUAGAUAUUCUGGUUGGUAAUCAUUUUUCAAUGUAUACUUUUAAAGCUGGAUUUUCACUCAAGAACAAAACGGAUUUGAACGGAACAAGAACAACACUUUAAGUUCAUUUGCUAUUUGCGAAAUAUUCUUUUAUUCAAGAAAAGUUGAAAUUAUUUUAACUUUCAGUUUGAAUCGGAAUGGGAAAUUUUAUCAAGCAAACAGAUUCCGGAGGUUUCCGGUCUAGUCCGAUCUGUUUAAUUCUUGAGUGAAAAUCCAAAUCUUCCAGACUGGACUACGCUCGAAAAAUGUUGGUAGAGCCAAGCAGGUUAAAUUUAACCUUUUCUUAUCCAAUGAAAACAAUUUUCUUAAAUUUACACCAAAACUCAGUAGUAAUACGCAUGGGUAAUACCGAAAAAGUGUAUCCUCUCCUGUGAAAAGUCUUGGCGGUCGUAAAUUUUCCUGAACAUGUGAGUGAGUACAAAGAGCUUUACAAUCAAAAAUAGAGACAAAUCCCCAAGUUUGACUUCUUAUCAAAUUUUCCCGAAUAUUUUUUUCCAGUGUUGUAGUAUACCUCCAUGGUUGUAGCUUAUAGUUGAAGCUGUCAUGUAACGUGACACAUUAUUUAAAUAACAAAUAAAACAGGGUAAAAGUUUUUGUUAAAA